AGUACUUCGUUAACAGUUCGUCGUUGCAGAGCUUGGCGCGGUCGUUGCUUCAGCGAAAAAAAAGUGUCGUUUGACAGUUUUCUCGAUUUCAGCCGACGGAAAGUGAGUCACGUCACGUUUGCGCGGUUUGUCACGGAUUAGUGCGCCGUUGCAGUAUAUCUACUAUCCAAUGAUAACUCGAUCUCCGGUGCGCGCGAUUUACGGUGCUCAGCAAGUGCGCAGUGUAUUGUUGUUGUAGUUGAUUAAUCCGCCGCAAAGCAGCAGUAGCAGCAAAACAAGUGAUGACCGCAAUCGGGAAAUAAUUUGCCCGGAUCAAGUUCCUCUCUCCUCACCAAUAGCCAGAGUGUGUGCAAACAGGCAACUCCAACAGUGAAAAUGACCGACAAAUAGCAAUAUACCCAUCAGGAAAAAAGUGCAAAUCUCGAAAGCGAAGAAAAAAUCUCCCCCCGAAAAAAAAGAGUAAUCAUCUGUGAUAACCCAGUCCGGUUCCGAUAGUGGAGCACGCGAAAAGGAAAAAUAAGUGAAUUUGAAAAGCGAUGAAGUAGAAAUUCGAUCCGAGCAAGAAGAAUAAUCAGAAGAAACCCCCAAGAAACGGUGUGGGAGCAUCAUCUGGUUGUGAAAGUGAGUCUCCAGUGCCCAAGUGAGUGUAUGAGUUGCCCAAGUUGGAAGUUGCUGAACGGCAACGGGAACUCUACCAGCGACGUCGACGGUACGAACUUCGGGAAGCUCCGGGCGUAUUUUGAGCCUCCCCGGCAGAAGCUAUGAUAUCAGUGAAACGUUGUACAGCUACCAAUAUCAGUGCCAGCAGUCAUCAUCAUUCCCAUCAUCACGGUAACAGCAACGGAAGUCAUCACCAUCAUCAGAACAGUCAUCAGCACCAUCAGCACCAGAACGGAACGGUUCAAGUCCGCAGCAGUAGUGCAGGUCGUGCUUCCAGUAACAACAACAACAAUCGGUUGAUCCGCAGCCGAAACAGUCCGUAUCUGCUGAGUAACGGGUACUCUUCCGGUGGAUGCCCCGGAGGAGGACCAACGCCGGCAACAGCAGCACCAGCAACCACUUCACUGACCAAUGGUAGUGGAUCUUACUCGAUCAUAACGAACGGUGGCAGUUUGUAUUACAGCAACAACAGCCUUGGGGGACCGAAGAGUUUGGGCAGCAGCAGUAGUGGUGAGGGGGGACCUGGGACGAACAGGGUGACGGGAAGUGCCCCCGGGGAUCUUUUCGAGCUGGACAGUUUGUUUCUGGUGCCGAAAUGUGCGCUCACCUACGAUAAGGCGAUGAGCCUGCGGAAGGACCUGGCCGCGUACGAUUUCAACAUUCGGAUCCUGGAGGACACCCCCAAGGGGAACGUUUGGAUAUCUGGAAACAGGGAUGCAACCGCACAGAAACAGAGCAGGCCAUCUUCAGCCAAUAAAGAUGCCCGUCCACACUCGAUGCAUCUUCAUACCCUACACUGGUUUGCCUGUGUAGGUGAAGAUUACGAUAGCAAUGGUUAUGGUAACGAUGAAGACCUGCAAAAAGAGCGCGAGGAGCGGAUAAAGCAAAUCAAAGAGCGCCAGAAUGAGGAACGGCAGCGGAAACUAGAGGAACUGAAGGCACAAGCACUGGCAACGCAGAAAUUCCGGGAGCAGCGAGAGGAGGAACGGCGUCGCCGCAUGGAGGACCUGCGGCGAAGGGAGAACGACCGGCGCUCACAGGUGGAAGAGCGGAGACGCGCGAUACAGGAGGCGGACAACGAACGGCGACAGUACAUCCUGCAGAAGAACCAGGAACGGGACCAACGGAUGGAGACCAAGCGGCGCAACGAGCGCAGCUCGAUACAGUUCGCGUUCGGGUCAUCGACGCCGCGGAUGAUCGACACCACCGACAGUGGCAUGUGCAGCUCGUUCUGGGCCAACCGAAGGGCAACAUCCAUCACGAAUGUGGCGUACACGGGGGCACCACUGACGCGUCGCAGUUCCGAACGGGAACUGACCGAUGGCAGUUCGAAGAAACGUGCUACCUCCGCCAGUGGUCUAGACCGAUCGACCGACGACAUGCGACGAAUGUCCAGCUCCAUGUACGAGGUGUUCAACUGGGCCAGCACCAGCGAGUGCCCGACGAAGAAGUUGACCCUCUCGCUGGCCGGUUCCAGUAUCAACAUCGACGAGCCCCCGUCCAAGGCGGAACGGGCUGCGGCUGCGGCCGCCGCCGCCGCCAUGAGAAAGGACGAUUCGGGUGACAUGAGCUACCAGCGUACCGUCAAUCGUCGCAAAACCGAUCUAAUGCCCACCAUUCCUAGUCCUCGCGAUAGCUCUAGAUCAUCUCUCGGCACUCACACCCCCAGAACACCAGGUCGAGCCUUCUCGAUGACACGCCUGGACCAGCUGGCUCAGCCUCGACGCCGCAACGGCGAACACAUCAGUGCAAUCAUCGAACGCGAACGCCGCCAGGCCCACGAGCUGGAGAACCUGACCCGGCUGUCCCUGUCCUCGUCCCGUUCGUCCCCGACGGCGGAUGGUGGCACCAGCAGUAAGCGUAUGUCCCGCAGCAUGUCCCAGCUGGCCAGUUCGUCCUCCAAGUACCGGCACCCGUCGCAGGACUCUCCGCACUCGGCCGGCCGUCCCGCUCGCAAGUCUUCGUUCAACUCAUCGCUCGGCGAGUCGUCGUCCCUGAUGGGGGCCGGCCGCCUGGACACCUCCAAGAGCAUGUCCCAGCUCAACACGGCCGGACGGGUUUCGCGUCUCACCAAAACCGAACGCCUUCGGCAGCAGGUGCGCGACCAGCUGAACGGUUCGGCGUCCACAACGUAUUCUACGACCGCAACAGGUUUGCGUUCCGGUGAAAUCACGCCCAACAGUUUGAACACGUCGCGCCCGGGCAGUGCCAUGUCCAGCUCAACGACCGCCUCCGGAGUGGUGUACCGACGGUCGAUGCCCCAUUCGGCCGGCAGCCAGCAGCGGAAACCACGACCUGUGUCGAUUGCCGUCACCGGAGUGUCGGCGGGCCCCAAAGAAGAGAAACCCCCACUUCCGAAAUCUUCCGCAGCGAACAACACCAGCUCCACCAGUUUGGAGCGCAAACGUUCCCAGAGUGGGGCCAGCACUCCGGCCAGGCCCCCCACGGCCCCAGACAGCGCGGCAGCCAAGAGACACCAUACCCCGGUGGAGAAACAACGGCUAGGAAGCGGUGCCAGCAGCGCCCGAGGCACUCCCAAGGCGUCGUCUACUCCGCUGCAGUCGCCCGGCCCUGAAAAGGCCAACCGCACGAUGCAUGACGCGCUGCAGAAGCAGAAGAAGCAACCCGCCGCCGAUGAUCACUCGCAACAACAGCUGCAGCAGCAGCCGCAACCUCUAGUGAAGGAAGGUUCUGCGAUCAGUGCGAAGAGCAGCACCGAAGAGAAGGUUGAAGCAGUACAUCAACCGCAAGAAAAGCAGGAAGAAGUGGUAGUUCAAUCGGGCGAUGUUACCACCGUCGUUGAAACUGUUGAGCAGCAACAACAGGUGGUUAUUGAAAGCGACACGAAGGUUGUGGAGGAUGUUCACGUAGAGGAACAGAAGAUUGAGCAACCACCUCAAGCCAUGGAAGUCAGCAGUCACGAAGAGAAGAGGGACGAAAUGAAGGAAAGCACUGUCGUGGGCAACAAACUGGAGCCCAAUCAGGCUAUCGAUGGUUCCAAUGGAGAUCUAAUGACUGCUUCCAUGAUUGCCAAGCGCAUCAACACAGAAGAAGAAGCUAAGGCUGCCUUGGCUGAGCGCCGUCGCUUGGCCCGAGAAGAGGCCGAGCGUCAAGCUGAGCUCGAACGGCAGCGAAUUGCUGCCGAGGAGGAAGCCGAACUGCAGCGCCAGCUAGAGGAGGAAGAACGCCUCCGCAAGCUGGAAGAGGAAACCAUCCGCUUGGCCGAGGAGCAACGCCGACUCGAGGAGGAGCGUCUACAGCAGGCCAUCCAGGAAGCGCAGAAGCGCGAAGAAGAGGAACGUCAACGCCGCGAGGAGGAAGCACGCCAAAAGGUCGAACGCGAAGAAGCCGAGAAGAAGGCUCGCGAGGAAGCCGAACGGCAGCGCGUCGAGAUGGCCGAACGACUUAAGAAGGAGGAAAAGGAACGUGAAGAGCGGCGCAAGCGCGUGGAGGCGAUCAUGUCCCGAACGCGGGCCAAGGGAAGCGCCAACAAUACGCCCACGAAGCAGUCUGAGGAAAACAAGGACAACGCCAUGAGCAAGAGCGUAAUCGUGACGUCUAGUACUGCAUCGGCCAUGGUGGACCAAACGAUGUCGAUGACCGAAUCGAUGCUGGGUUCGAUCGAACAGCAGCAGCAGCAACAGCAAACGACGACUACUGAAGCCGCCACUCCCCAAAUCCCUCCAGUCCUCGAAGAGAAAACUGCUGAAUCGCUCGCACAAAGCGUCCAGUCACUGUCUCUGACGGCGGAGGAAGGAGACCAUCAAAAUCAGGAGAACAACAACAGCAGCAACAGCAGUAGUAACGAUAGUAGUCUAAUCAGCAAUCACCACAACAACAACGCCCCCAGCGAAUCAACGCCCGCUGCAGCCAUCAGCAACAACGCUGCCGAGUACGAGCGCUCGGUAACGGAGAAGGAGAACCUUCUACUAGGUAGCUUUAACAAUAAUCUGAACAGUAACGCCACCAGCAACGGAGGCAGUGAUAACGGCAGCAGCCAGCAACCCUCGUCCUUAGAGUCCAGUGCAGCCACCACCAAUGGGAAGUCGGCCCCCGCAGCGACGACAAUCGCCGAAACGACCGAACUGAUCAUCGAGGACGCGAUCAUGAGCGGUCAAACCAACGGCCACAAGAACGGCAGUAUUGACAAUGUGUUUACACAAAAUACACCGGCUGUUGACGAAUCCUCCACCGCGAAAUUCCUAGCGCACUUCGACACUAACAAUAGUCAACCCCUAGACUUUGCGCUCUCGUCAGCAGCCGACGAUGGCGUCGAAAGCAGCGAAAGCGCCCCCAAUCAGUUGGAUUCGACCACCUCGACGAGUACGACCACGACGACAACGACCGGCACCACUGUGGUCGGUCAGUUGCUCGAUUUCAGUAGUUUUCAAUCGUUGCCCGAAGAGGCACCACAGCAGCAGCAGCAAACAUCCACAGUCCCUGAGGACGACGACGAUCCCUUCAAUCUUAACAUCGACAACAACAACAGUUUGAUCGUCGACAGCAGUAGUAACGGUACCUCGACUCCUUUUUCCAACCCUGUUCUGUUCGCCAGCAGCGACGCAAAUCUGAUUAGUAGUAGCAAUUUCCUAAACAAUAAUUCCACGAGGCUAGUCGCAACAUCCGACAGUCAAGACAACCGAGACUUGUCGCUCUUGUGAACGAAUAAAUUGCUCUAGGUUUAAUCGCGUGCAAGUGUGCCGUAUUCCAUCGCCGUAUCACACACAUUAUCAUCACCGCGCCAUCAUCGUCAAAAAAGGCAUCUUCUCGCCGAUCGAAGAUCGACGGAACUGCUGCUUCGUUUUACUUGUAGGCGCCUGUGCUUACUUACGCCCCUCGGAGAGAAUGAAGCAACUCCCAACAUAUGCUGAGGAAAACACGGAUGACGCAUGGGAAGGACUCUAGGAAUGUAUGAUGGAUUUGUGUGUGCACGUGUGAGUAAGUCUGUCGAAAAGUCAGAUUCAAUGGACGAGAGUGAUAAGAGAGAGGGUGCAUGUAAAAAGGAAGCUUUUUCUUAGGUUAGCUGCAAACUGCAUAUCUGGAUAGAGUACUAGCAAAAAGCAAAAGGAAGUACGAUUAGUAGUAGGGGCGGGCGCUUUGCUUCGGCAAGCUAAAGGUGUGCCUGUGUGAGUGCGCGCGCGUUUGUAUAGGAAAUUGUCCCGAAGUCCACCGCAAAACUUAGCGAGUGGGCGGGCGGGAAGGAGGUACUAGAGAAUCAUUGAGGAGCGUCACGACGGCCGGGGCGGUACGCUGGAAGAAAAGGUGGUAGCUAGUUAGAACUUUUUUUUUUAAUUGGUCGGAGGACGGAGGGAAGGGAAAUGUGAUCUGAAGGAAUGGAACGGAUGGAACCGACGAGUCAGGGGUUGGGUUGUCGUGUAGGGUCGUCGUUUUCGGCGGUUAUCAGCUUGCAGUGUGUGUUUUGUUUAGUACUAGAUGAGCUUCGGUUGCAAGACGAGCUACGUAGGGACUUUAUUUUGAAGACUUUUUUCAAUUUGUGUAGAAAUGCUUAUAUUUACAACUGGUUUUCCAUAUUUUGGUAAAAUAUAUUCCUCAGAAAAACGAGUAAACGGAGGCUUUCGUAAUGCUUGCGAUAAACGAUUUCACUUUAGUCGAGAAACCGUUGUAAAACUGUUACUAGGAAGAAUUGAUUUUUUAUUAUUCUAGUACUGCGUUAUUUGCUACUUCCGGACAAGUUUCUCAAUCAUUAGUAUCGAUUCAGUUGGAAUCUUAAAAGAUGUGUUAGAGUUGAUGGAUCAAUCCCACAGCUCCUAUAGUACAAUUUCUGGAAACUGAUAGAUUGACCAUACUAGAUGCCUUCUUCUGCCGGUUAGUGUUCUGGAAGAGCUUAUUAGAUGCCUGAAUACAACUCAGAUCUGCCAUUUUGUGACGGUAUUCAUGACUAAAAAAAAUCUUCAAUACUAGAAAGGAGUUUUGUUUUCAUUUUCCACGUCAUGAACGAAUUUUAUUCGUUCUAGUACUACACUAUUUAUUAUUUCCUGAUAAGUUUUCCAAUGGUAAGUAGAGGCUCAUGGAAUUUUCAAAAAUGUAUGUCAGAGUUCUGAUCGAUAAAUUCGUCCGCCACUAUGAAUUCAGAAAAUUGAUGGGUCGACCGCAGAUGCUUUUGGUUGUGACUGUGGGAGAUUCAUUAGAAGCUUAAAAACAAAUUGGACCUAGAAAAUAUUUGAUGGUCGUUAUGACUAAAUAUGUAGAUUGAAUCUGCAAGAAUUCCACAAUACUAAACAAGUAGUAUCUAAUCCUUUUGAUCAUGAACGAAAUUUUUUUAGUACUACAGUAUUUGCCACUGUCUGAAAAUUAUCUCAAUCAUUAGUGUAGAUUUUAGUGGAAUUGCAGAAAGUUGUGCGUUAAAGGCUUGAUAGAUCAACUCCACAGUCGAAGCUUCAGAAGCCUGGUAGAUUGACCACAGAUGCUUUCUACAAUACCAAAAAGGAGUAUUGACGUACCGGAAAGGAGCUUAUUUGUUCUAGUACUACACCAUUUGUCAAAAUUUCUCAAUCAUAAGCAUGGGUUCAAGAGGAUCCCUGAAAGAAGUCCGAUAGAUCAUCUCCACAGCUUAUACGACACAGUUUCAGAAGCCUGGUGGGAUGCUUUCGGUUGUAAUCCUACAAGACUCGUUAGUAGUCUGAAUAAAACUCAGUACUAGAAUUUUGUGACGGUCUUCUGACUAAGUAGUUCAAAUCUUCAAAAAGUUUCCUGUAACGGAAAUGAGGAUGUACUUUAGCUAUGCUGAUUUGUUCUACUUCUUGUACAGUCCAUCCACCAUUAGUAGAGGUUUAGAUGGAGUUUUCAAUAAUGUUCGUCAGAGGCCUUAUUUCACCAUUUCGGAAACCUGAUGAGUGGACAGUAGGAGGAUACUGGAUUUAUUAGAAGCCUGAAAGAACCCAGUUCUGAAACGUUGUGAAGGUUUUCAUAGUUAAAAGAUUGAUAUCUUCAAGAAUUUCAAAAUACUACUAAAAAGAAGUUUUUGUGUACAAAGUUGGCUUGUUCUAGUACUACACUGAUUGUCACUUCUUGAAAAUAUGAUCCACCAUUAGCAUGUAGGACUCUCAAGGAUGUGCGUCAGAAGCCAGAUAGACCGAAUCCCCAGCUGCAAUGACACAGUUUCAGAAGCCUGAUGAAUUGACCACAGAUGCUGUUGGUUGGGACUUUAGACAACUGAUGAAAAGCCUAAACAGAAUUCAGACGAAUUGUGACGAUCUUCAAGAUUAAAUCAAAAAUGCCACAGUACUCAAAAGGAAUGUUGAUGUACUUAAAUGAUUUUAUUAGUUCUAGUACUACACUACUUGCUUCUUCUUGAAAUAUUUUUCAGUCAUUGGUAUAGGUCCAGAAGGACCCUUAAAAAUCAGGGGCCUGACAGAUCAACCAAAGACAGCAGUUGGGUUCAUUUCUAGUACUACAUUCGAUUCCUUGGUAUUACAUUCGGUACCAAAGUUUGACAGCUCGCAGUACAUUUUUCUCAGAAUUCUAGAUCUUGAUCUAUUCCUUCAUGCUCAUGAACGUCCUUAUUUUGUCUUUGGAUCAACUCGUCAGCUUAUACAACAAAGCUUCAGGUUGCCCACAGAUGCUUUUGGUUGUGACCCUACAAGAUGUCCAUUUAAAAAAAAUUGAUUGAGAGUACAACCGGUGGAUUUAUGAGAAAGUUUCCCUCGAUUUUGGCUUUUCCGGUCAGCAAUUGAGAAUACAACGGAUUGAUUAUCACAUCCAACGUUUCGCCCCUUGGUUGGGGCGUACUUCAGGCUAAGUAAUGGAGUACUGCUAUUGGUCCAUUAGAAGUCUGCAUUAAUCUGGGUCAUCAGAUCUUCAAGAAUUGCACAGUACUAGGAAUGAGUAUUGAUGUGCCUAACUAAAGCUAAUUAGCUCUAGUACUACAAUAUCGUCUACUUCUUGAAAAGCCGAUCCAACAUUAGUAGAGAUUCAGAUGGAAUCUUGGAGAAGUGCUUCUGAGGCCUGAUAGAUCAACUCCACAGCUUUUAUGUCACCGUUUCGGAAACCUGAUGGUGGGACAGUAAAUACUAGUUUUAAACCUCAGGCCUAAAAUUUUGUGACGGUCUUUAUGACUAAAAAGAUUCAAUCUUCAAGAAUUUUCUAAUAGAUGAAAAGAAUAUUUAUGCACCUACUUGAAACUGAUAUGUUCCAGUACUACAGCUUCUAUGAUACCGCUUCAGAAGUCUUAUAGUUAGACCACAGAUGCCUUUGGUUAGUUUCUAGAAGGUCCAUUCGAAGCUUGAAUAUACCUCAGAGCUAGAGCUUUGUGACGGUCUCUAUGACUAAACAGAUUCAAUCUUCAAGAGUUCCACAAUAUUAGAAAGGGGUUUGAAUAUACUGUCAAGGAGCUCAUUCGUUCUAGUACUACACUGUUCGUGUUGGGUCAGGAUCAACCUUUACAGGUUUUCAGCCGUUUGAUAGUUCAAAUCCUUAAUUUCACAAUUCCACAGCUUCCGCAGAUGCCUUAGGUUGGGAUUCGAGCCUGAAAUACCUUCAGAACUAGAAUGUUAAACUAGGUGUUGAUCGUGAGUAGAGACCUGGUAGAUAUCUAAGAUAAACCAGACGUGUGGAUUCAGUGAGAUGUCUUGCCCAAGACAUCAAGAAGAGUAUUUCACUGAGGCUUGUUAUUUCGACUUCAGAGCAAUCCCACUGGUGGACUACAUUCUAUGGCAAGGUAGAAAAUGUGCAAAACGUUAAAAGUUUCUAGUUGUAGCCUUCAAGGCUCUUUUAUUAGCUUUAUCGGUUUUAAUACCAGCCAUCUUGACCCUUAAGCCUUAGUACUCUUACGCUAUAAUAUUUUAGGCAACUACAAGGUACUUCUUUAUUUCGACUUCGUUGUCUUUAAGAAUAAACAGGUUGAAUCGUUAUCUCUGAUCAUCAGUAGUGGCCUGUAGUGUAGAUCUGAUUAUCGUUUCGGAAACCUUAUGCAUGGACAGUAAGUUUUGGAUUCGUUAGAAGUAUGAAUAGAGUUCUGACCUAGAAGAUUGUAAAGCCUACUAAACUAAUUCAGUCAAGAUUCAAUCUUCAAGAAUCCCACAAUACUAUAGUGAAAUAUUGAUGUACUUGACCGAAACUGGCUUGUUCUAGUUCUACACUGUUUGCUACUUCCUGAAACAGUUUUUUUAGCAUCAGUAAAGGUGCAAAUGGAAUCUUCCAAGAGGUGCGUCCAAGGCCGGAUAGGUCGACUCUUAUACUUUUGCGACACAGUUUCAGAAGCUAGAUGGGUUGAUCGUAGAUGCCUUGGGCUGUGAUUCUAAAAGGUUAAUUUGAAGUUUGAAUAUAACUCAGUCUUAGAAUGUUUUGCUGGUCUCUAUGACCAAACAGAUUCAAUCUUCAAGAAUUUCACAAUAUUUGUUCAGAGUCAGGAUCAACUCUUUCAGAGGUUUCCUCAGCUUUCGCAGAUGCCUUCGAUUGGGUUUCUAGCCUGAAAUGCACUCAGAGCUAGAAUGUUAAACCAGGCUUUGACCAUGCAUAAGGAUGUAGUAGAUAUCUGAGGCAAACCAGUUGUGUGGAUUCAGUGCGAUGUCUUGUUCAAAUAUAUGAUCUUCUGAGGGCUAGGGAUGCCUCAAAACAAGUAGAGUAUUUCACAGGGGCUUGUUGUUUGCGCAAAAUAUUAAAAGUUUCUUGUUGCAGCCUUCAAGGUUCUCUUAGUAGCUUUAUCAGUUAAAGACCAUCUAUUUUAACCCUUAAGCCUUUGGUUUGGUGUAAUCCCGAUCUGUGACUACUUUUCAUUAGAAUGAAAAAUUGCAUCAAAUACGGAAUAAAUAUGUGGUAUUUGGGCUCCAAAAAAUACCAUUCUAGUACUCCAUUUGUUUUCUCGGACCCUGGGUAUCCAAGUUUGACAGAUGGCAGUACACUUUUUUCAGAUUUCCAGAUUUUUGUAUAGUACUUCAUUAGCCUUGAAAGUUUGGGCAAAUGUUGGGAGUUGAAUGUCUUUAUUUUGUCUUUGGUAAUAGAUUUUUCUGUAUGAUCUAUGAAUUGGUUGCAGAAACUUAAUAACUUAAAGUUAAUCAGCGUUUCGGAAACACAGACAGUGAAUAUCUUCGUUUCAGAUUCAAGAAGAUUUAUUAGAAGCCUGAAAAGAGCUGAGACUCAGAACUUUGUGACGGUCUUUAUGAGUAAAUAUAUUCCAUCUUCAAGAAUUCCCCAAUACCAGAAAGGAAUAUUAAAACUAAUUGGUUCUAGUACUGCAUCAGUAUAUGCUCAAAUGGGAUCUUCCAAGAUGUGUGCGUCCGACGCCGGAUAGAUCAGAUCUUCAGAUUUUUUGACACAUUUUCAGAAGCCUGAUAGAUUCCUUUGGUUUUGUCAUUCUAGGAGGUCCAAAUCGAAGCUUGAAUAGAAAUCAGACUUGAAAUGUUGUGAAGGUCUUCUGACCUAAUAAAUUCAACGCACAAGAAUUCAACAAUACCAGAAAGGGGUAUAAUUAUACUGGGACGAAGCUGACUCGUUCUAGUACUACACUAUUUGUAUAGGAUCAGGAUCAACCUUGAAAUAUUGUCAUAGGUUUGCUAGCUCAACUCCUGAACUUGCCUUCGGUUGGGAUUCUAGCCUGAAUUGAACUCAGACCUAGAAUGUUGAGGUUUUCAAAGAUUUAAAAGUGGCUUCAAUAGUCUGAUUUCUAAGUUGAACCAGCUUUGGGGAUUCACCGAGAUGCGUUUUUUUAGAAUACAGGUACGAACAAGUAAAUGGUACCAGAAUCAUAAGGUAGAAUAAAGAAUACCGCUUGAGUUAGGUAGACAUAACACUCCGUUUUCCCGUAAUUGAAUCCAUAUACUGAUGCCAGCUGCUUCACAUUCGCCAAUUGAGGUACGUGAUAGACAGAGGCCUUUUAGUGAGUUUUUAGUGGCAUUAGACAUGGCUCAUGCAAAACGGUGGCUAUUUGGAUCCGUAAUAUGUUCUACACGGUUGAGCCUACCACAUAAAUGACUAAAUAAGACGGUGGCAAUAAAGGCGAAAUUAGGAGGCUAUAGUUAAAUUUGGUCCUUCGGUACCCAAGUUGGAUAGAUUGUAGUAAACUUUUUUGAACUUUUCAAAUUUUGAUCUAGUACUUCAAAAGAUAUGAAAUUUUGGACAAGCAGACGGGACUUGUAAGUAUUUUUUUCGUCAUUGGUGGCUACACAAAAGAUUUAAGUAUGAAUAUUCAUUACGGUUUUCUUACUUCUGUUUUCCUACUCUUUAGAACGACAGAACUUUGACUUCAUAGAUUUCACCUAAGAGCAAACAUUUGUUGUAUUAGAACUGUCUUUUAGCCUAUAAGAUUUCCAUUGAACGCAUGCUGCAGUUCAAUGCCGUUUGACAUAAUUAAUUUUGUACUGUCUUUACUUCUCGAGAAAGUCUUUAAAUUCUUAGAAGUUGAUUAAAUAUAAUCUAGUACUACAAAACUACAUUGUGAAAUGACUUUAAUACUAAAGCCGGAAGAACCUGCUCUUCGGAUGCCGCCUUGACGAUUCCGGUUCCAAACCACUCGCCGUCGGUAGGUGCUAUUCAUUAGGAACGCGAGAAAAAAGGUUUGAAAAGAAGUAGUUCAGAGUAAAAAGCGAAGCUAAUUCACCUAGCAGCAGUGUUGUAUAAACCGUAGAAAAAAACUUGAAACAUUUGAGGAAACCUUUAGCUACUGACUGCUGGCUGCAAAAAAAAUCACACAAAAAUCAUUCAACACAUUCAGGAUUUACUACACUCACACAAAAAAAUGCGUAACAGUUUCAACAAUAUAUGCAACCAGAUGAAAUCUAACCGCGCUAAUGAAGGAAAACUAUUGAAAUUACCGAAUCAAAAAAAAGUAAUAUAUUACUAUAUAUUAUAUAAAUGUUGAAAAUCGUAAGCCGAAAUCAUUAUUCAAGCAAACUGAUUAUUAUUAUAAUUAUUGAAUUAUUACAUUUACCAGUUCUUAACAAAAACCACUUCCUGACUUGGUGCAGAAAACCACAGAAAAAAAGAAAAGAAAAAAACAAAGAUAUCAAAACCAGACAGAGGAAGUAAUAGAGCGGGAAGUGCGCCGUGUAAACUUAGUUUGACUAAUUUUCCUAUAAGCAAAUCGAGAAAGAAGAGAUAAAAAACGCGCGAAAGCCGUCAGUGCAGUGUCGCUGGGACUUUAAAAAACGAGACAUGAAAAUAGAAAUGUUUAUAAUCUAAUAAAAAAUUACUAGUAUUCUAAUCUGUUAAAUUAUGUAUAAAAACACAAUGAAGAAGUAAAAAAAAUACCAUUACAAUGUAAUUUAAUGAUUACACCUACACACAAAUCAAGUGUAGAGAAGAGGAGAAUUCGACACGAUUACACUAACACUUACAUACACAAAAAAAAACACACGCUAAGAUGAGAACACACAACACUUUGACACGUCUAAAUAUACAUACACAGACAUUUAAGACGUGAGAAGUGUGUGCAAAAGCAAAUCUGCAAUCGCAAUCGCAUUGAUUGGCGAGCGAGGAAGGCGAAACAAAAAAGUCAUUAAAGCAAGUUAAAUCUACCGUUCGCCCCCCUCACCCCCCCUUAACUUAAGUGAUUAACCUGUAGAAAAGCUAACGACGAUGACGAAACCGCAAACGCUGCGUAGCGCAGCCUAUGCGGGCGUCAACACUAUUUAAUUAUGAUUUUUGUAUGUUAUUUUUAAUUCUACGGAAUACCAUCAAGAACAUGGAAGUGUUUGCAAAAAUAAAGUGUAACUGCUGUCAGAAACCCAUAUUCAAAGUUGAUUUUGGUCAAACUGAGCUUCGAAUUUCGUUCCCGUUUCGUUUGUGCAUUGGGAAGUUAUUCCGCCCACACAUCAUAACCUCAAACGCUGUUCCAGUUUCUCAUGAAGCAUGUGCAAUCGAAGUCCCUUUUGUCCUUUCUCCCAUACAUAUUGGAAGGAAGGAUAAAAUACACUUUCAAUCUCUAUCUAUAGAGAAUCAGCGUAUAUUUUUACGAACUCGAAACAGUACAGUAAAACCGACGGUUGUUCGCUUAUUAGAUAGAGUAUACGAGGCACUUUAGUCAACACAGUCAUUGCUUAAAGGAUAGCCACCAACACAGGCAGAUUAUAAAACUCACAAUUAAAUUAGACAGUUUGAAAAAUUCCCCCUCGUUAAGAAAACACACCAAUCACAAUCAGAGUGGAAACUGUGUGCAGAUAUAUUUUUUCCGUCUGAAAUUGAGAACGAGCAAUUGAAAUUGGCGAAUGAGAUACUAAGACACG